AUGCAACCAGGGGAGGGAAAGAAGGGGUGCAACGCGAGAGGCUGACUCCGAGAGGUGAUAAAGCCCCGAGCCCAGCCGGCGAAUACGGCCGCGCGCGGAUACGAGAACUCCGAGUUCCUCUCCGGGGAGUCUCUCGCGCUUUUCCUCGCGACUCGCGACAACAAGGGUGAAACUCCGGGGGCGAGUGCCGUGUCCUCUCGCAAAGUGCAUCGUCCGCGCGAGGCAGAGGCCAGAUCCGCACGCAACGUGUGCGUCACGCGUGCGUGCGCGCGGAAGAGGAGCACACACACACACACACACAUACAUAUAUAUAUACACACGCACGGGGGAGGAAAAAACGGCAGCGUUUUCGGUGGUGUGCUAUACGUGGCGGUUGAUGGCCUCGUUUCGCUCCUAGAGAGAUACAUAUAUAUAUAUAUAUAUAUAUAUAUAUAAUAUAUAUAAUAUAUAAUAUAUAUAUAUAUACACAUCGCCCACAUCGCCUCGCGUGACAUUCUCACCCCGGAUAUGCCGAGGCAUGCGCCGUAAAAAUCCCGGGAUUGAUGUAUCGCAGGGCGCAGAUUUGCAUUUACUACCUGCUAUGCAUAGCAGCAGUGGAUUUGACGUUUUCCUCCAAUUUGGAGAUUACCACGACGAGAAGUCGGGGUUGUCCACCAGAAUGCAUUUGCCUCUCUCCGAAACAGGUACUCUGCAAUACAGGCGGCCUCGAGGACAUUCCGACGCAUCAGCUGCCACAGACCGUGGAGGAGCUGUCGCUGACGAAGAACAACUUCCAGGUGAUAAAGACCGACGCGUUCGAGGGUCUGAAGCUGCUGCGUAAGCUCACCCUGGACGGUAACAACAUCUCGUCCAUCCGGGCGUUCGCGUUUCGCGGUCUGAAUCGGUUGCGCGAGCUGUCGAUCCAGCACACUCCGUUGCCCUACAUCGACAGGUUCUCGUUCGCCGCCCUGCAGAACGUCUCGGUGCUGCUGCUGGCGAACAACAAGAUCCGGUUCAUCGAGGAGAACUCAUUCGCCGGCGCGUCCAACGUCAAUCUGAUCCUGUUGAGCAACAAUCCGCUUCUGACCAUCCGCAGCCACGCUUUCGCCGGCCUCACCAAUGUCAACAACCUCAUCUUUCCGGCCGGGAUCCGCAUCAUCGAGGAGAAUGCCUUCGACGGUUUGCAGUACGUCGGCCAGCUCAAGCUCAGCUACAUGGAUCUGUCCGGGUUGCAGGCCAACACCUUCUACGGUCUCUCGCACGUGCACUCGAUCUUUAUUCAGGAGAGCGACCUAGGGGUUGUUCAGAGGGACGCGUUCGCCGGCCUCGCCCACGUGGGUUACCUCAACAUCCUCAACAACAAGGUGGAUCUGAUUCAGCGUCUGCAUCUACGCUACGAGAAUCACAUCGACAUGCUGCGCUUCCACGGGAAUCACGUGCUGGAGGCGCCCCGCCAAGCCAGGGACGUCGUCCUCGAGGUGAGGACGAUCAGCGCGGUCGACAAUCACUUCCCGUGCGACUGUCAGGCGCACAAUGUCCUCGAGAGCGACUUCGCCCGUCGCAACAGCGUCGAGUUUCAAUGUCGGAAUUUCUGCAUCUCGCCGUUCGAGUACAACGGCAAGCCCAUGAACGUCGUCGACUUCGAGCUCGUCGCCCGAUGCCACGAUAACGUCAUCCAGGACAACCUGGGCUCCGGCGACGUCGACCUGCUGUCCUUGAAUGUAUCGGCCUUGUUUUCCUUGCUGAUCGCCUUCUGGUUCUCGAUCAACCUCCUGCGAUGAGCUUCGACGUCCUCUUCGUUCUUCUUCUUCUUCUUCUUCUUCUUCAAUGAUCGUCCUUCUUCAUUCUUAGAUGAUGCUCGAAGAUGAUGAUAAUGAUGAUGAUGAUGAUAAUGAUGAUGAUGAUGAGGGAAUGGCCACAGAUUUUUAUGCGCUUAUUAUUAGCUUUAUCGAGACUCCGUGCUUUCGUUUUUGGGUUCAUUCUGGUAAAGUUGACGAAGCCAAAUAAAAGGUACAAAUUAUGUUGAAUGUUUGUAGAUAUUAUACCGAUCUUCUAUCAAUUUAAUACAACUUUCAAAGGAUGUAUAGAUUGCAAAAGAAAUUGCCUUGCAACUCGGUGAGGUUAAUCUGUGAAAGAUAAAAUUACGCAUAUUUUAAUUAGAUCUAUGAAAUUACAGCCGAUAGCUGAAAUUUCAUUCUACAGCCACGAUAGGAAAAUAGUCCAAAUAAUAAUUGCAUUACUGAAAAGUAUGAAUUAUGUACAAUUAUUGUGUUAUAUUUACAAUGAUUGUGUAAUAUUUU